AUGUUCAUCAAGCCCAUUGCUGAGUCAAUAUGGUGGGAACGUAUUUUCGUUUGGCCUGACUCACAUGUGGGGAAGAUGAAAGAAAUCAUUGUUGACACCACAAAGCUCUUGAACAAUGACAACAAUGCCAGUCUAUUUAUUCAGAUGCUGACAACGAUUUCCAAUGUGGACGCAGGAUAUCAUCUCACUACGCUUGCUCGCGCUUGGGAUAAGAAUACCAUGUAUCAUAGGCGGUAUGAACAUGGCAAGGCAAUGGUCGAUUGGAUGAGAUCGGAAGUGUCAAUGGGAGAAGUAAGGGGAAAUGAGAUCGCUUUCGAAGAAACAGUUGAGUUGGGUCAAGGGGUCGAAGGAGAGGACACAUACGUCGAGCAAGAGACCUGGGAAGGUUAA